GCGCGGAGCCCGGGACGCGGCGGAGGCUCCGGGAGGUGGCGGAGCCGGGGAAAACGGUGGAGCCCGGCUGACCCGCGCCUCUCCGGCCCGAGCUCGGCGCAUGUCAGGUGGGGCUACGGAUGGACGCCACCCUCCGCAGGUGCUGACCCACAGCAGCCCCGCGCCCUCCGCCUCUCCCCGCGGCUCUCGUCCCGAGCCCGCCCAUCGCGGCAGACGGCGGAUACCGGACCGUGCUGUCCCCGCGGUGGUGGGCGAGUGACCGCGGGCAGCAUCGUUGAGAUCCGGUCGGUUCGUGUCGGCGUCGUGGCCAUCCGGGCGGUGCACACCGGCUUCUACCUGGCCAUGAACAAGCGCGGGAGGCUCUACGGCUCGAAGGAGUUCAGCCCCAACUGCAAGUUCACGGAGCGCAUCGAGGAGAACGGCUACAACACGUACGCGUCGCUGCGCUGGCGGCACCGCGGCCGCCCCAUGUUCCUGUCGCUCAACAGCAAGGGCCGGCCACAGAGAGGGGGCAGGACAAGCCGGCAGCACCUCUCCACACACUUCCUCCCCAUGCUCGUCAGCUGAACGCCGUGGGCAGCUCCAGACGGUCCUGUAGGAAGAAAGAAAAAAAAAAAAAAAAAAAAAAAAAACAAGGAAAAAAAUGUUAUUUUAUUUAUGUACAUAUCUAUUUUUUUUUGCUAUUUAUUGCUUUAUUUUUAACGCACGGCAGAGGGAUGUGGAAGGUAGAUACUCCAGGCUCAGCCGUGCAGGGCUGUGGUUCUCCCAGUGUUCCCAAAUUUGCCCUAAACCAGGACAGCCUGGCAC